AUGGCGCCACGCAAACGCACAGGACGUGCAGCGCACGAGCCAGCAUCGUUUGAAGAAUGCAUGGAGGCAGGUGUAGAUCAAGAGGAGCGCGGCGAGCGAUUUUCUGUGGGAGCCAAGGCGCAACGGCAUUGGGAGCAGGCCUAUGCGCUGUAUGAAAAGGCAGCAGCGUUCCAUCCGGCAUCCGCAGAUGCAUGGUACAAUGCCGCACGUGUCCAGUACAUGCUAGGUACACAGUUCCUAUUGCCCCCACAAGCUCAUGCGGCUUUGCUGCAAUCCUGCCAUUUGUACUCAGAAGCAUUGCAGCGCGUGCCUAUCCUGCAAGACGGUGUACCCUCUGCGUCACGACUAGAUGCUCUGUCCAACGGUGGGUAUGCCCUCCAAGCCUUAGCGGAAGUGAUCGAUGAAUUUGGAUGCAUGGGUAGUGAGGCAGCCUGCCAGGAUACCCUGGCCAAGGCAUCAAGUCAGGUUCCUCUCACAGCCGCAAUGCCUGCGCCUUUGUACAUGGCUGCAUCACAUUGGUUUGCCGAGGUAGCGCAAGGCCAGCGGCAAGUAUUGCAAAGCAGUUGGACAGGCAGUGUCGAAGACACGACAGUCCCACCGCCACAGCCGGACGCAAAACCGGUGGAAGACGAAGAUGAAGACGCAUAUACCACUAGCUUGGUAGCCCCUAGCUCUCUCCUUGAGUCGUACCUGGAUGAAAUUCGGUGCCAUCAAGCUCUUAUACCACAUGCAACAUGCCUAGCUGAUAUAGAGCAGUUGCAGUCCGCCAUUCAUUCAGUGUGUGCACAAGCACAAGCGUAUAUGGCAUCCUUGGAGCCUGGAUUUGGUGCUGCACAAAGCCCAACGCAUGCAUGGGACGAGCAAGUGAAGUCUCUCGAGCUCGUUCCUAUCGCCACGCAGAUUGCAGCGAUGCAACGAAGCAGAGACAUGGGCGUCGCCCUAUCUCUGGAGAGUCUUGCUCGCCUCGAACAGACCGUGCAGGCAAUAGCGGCCACAUUGUGUGAAAAUGCACCGCCAGCACAAUCACUUACGGCUGUACGUCUGGGCUCCGAUGCGGAAGCACGUAUUCAGCAGUGCGAAUCCCAUGCUGAGCGAUUGUGUGAUGUGAGCGAUUAUGCGCACGACCUGGCCCGCAUACGUAUUCAGCUUCUCGCAGAGGGUGAUACAGCGUCAGCGGAGCAGGCUUGGGUGCUGGGAGGCUGCGCUGCCAAGUGCGUGUUGGCAGCUGUGGCUGCUUUCGAGACGCCCACGCAAAAUGCUGUGCGGUCUAUGGGUCUCUCCACCUCGUGGGUCCCUAUGGGAUCUAUCCAGCCUCCUAUGAGCAAUACAUCGACGCUUAUUUCGCGUACGCGAGCAUCUAUGUAUGGUGAACUGGCCUCAAUUUCUCUCACUCGAGCGCAUGACCUAUUGGUAGCAGCCUAUGAGCCAGCCGCUGGCAGCCGUGCCAAGCUCCUAGACAAUGCACGUAUUUAUGCAAGACGCGCACUCGCAGAUGAUGGCCUCACGUGGGUCUACCAGGUACCUCCUCCGCCAUCGGAGCCUACCAAUGCGCUGGGCGAGGAAAGGGCCGUGCCGUUGAUCAAUGCAAGGGCACUCGCACAUGCCUAUCCAGACGGUGGCUGGGAAAGCCUAGUCCGGGACGCGAGACUCCUGUAUACAUGCGUUAGAGCUACCUGGCUACGAGGGCAAUACAAUGGCAACCAAGAGAACGACGCAGAACUGAUGGCGUUGGCCUACGCCAUGUGGUCGCUCGUCCAUCGCCAGGAUGCCUACGCAACGCUACUCUCCGACUCCACAUUGCUGCAGGCCUGGCUGGACGAAGACGUGGUGCCAUUGCCGCCUAGGGAACACGAGUUUUGGUGGCAAAAUUGGCGCCCAGCCUUGACACUUCCUAGCGCAAAUUUCAUUGCGCAGCAGUGA